GUUUCAAACAGUCUGUUGACCAAAGCACUAGUGUUCCCUACUCCCGCCUGAGCCCCCUUGUCACAUUGACUACAGUGGUUCCCUGCAUGAACUAGGAUGACGAAGCGUGUCUACAGUGAGCUCCCGGACGGAGGCUGGGGUUGGAUGGUCGUUCUGGCUGGCUUUCUGAAUAACUGCCUUUUGACUGGCAUCGUCCGCUCCUUCAGCGUGUUCUUUCUGCACUUCACACAACACUUCCAGGAGACUUCCAGCCGGGUGUCCUGGAUCACUUCAAUGGCCAUUGCGACUCAGCAGUUUGCAAGUCCAAUUGGGAGUGCUUUUGGAAAGCGUUAUGAAGCCCGUUCAGUUGUCAUGGCCGGUGGGAUUUUAGCCUCACUGGGGAUGUUCGUUGGCUCAUUUGGACAGAGUCUUCUACACAUGUACCUCUCCAUCGGACUUCUGACAGGUUUUGGCUGGGCACUGGUCUUUACCCCCACAAUGACUAUGAUCUCCAGGUACUUCAAGAAACGUAGAGCCUUGGCGACCGGCUUGGCAUUUACCGGGGGCGGCAUUGCAUCCUUCUUCUUCCCUCCUCUCUUCCAAUUCCUGAUCGAUGAGUACUUCUGGCGUGGGGCCCUCCUGAUUCUGUCUGCAAUAAUGCUGAACUUCUGCGUCUGUGCGGCCUUGUUGAGACCCAUCCGUCUGCAAGAGGACCAUGCUGAUAGCCCGAGCGAGCAUAGUGAAAAUGGAGCAGAAAGCGCAGGGUUUUGGGAUAAAGUGACUUCUGCCUUUGAUUUGACCCUUAUCCUACACCGUGGCUUUGUAGUGUACACUCUUGCAGCGACCCUGAUAACCGUGGGGUUUUUUGUGCCCUACUUCCACCUAGUGGCCCAUGGAAAGAACCUUGGACUAACAGAUUAUGAGGCAGCCUUCCUCUUAUCCGUCAUUGCCAUCACUAGUACAGCCGCUCGACUCUUUUCGGGUUGGGUAGCUGAUCUCAACUUGCUCCGGUCAAUCCACUGGUUUCUACUCUGCAGCAUCCUAACUGGGCUCAGCGUUCUCCUCCUGCCUGUGGGCCACUCCUACCCCACUCUAAUGGGGCUUUGUAUCUUCUAUGGCUUUUGUGAUGGAAUCCUUUCCCCACUCUUCUUCUCCACUCUCCCAGAUAUAGUGGGAAUUGGCCGGACCCUCAACGCCACAGGUCUCUUUCUGAUGUUCCUGAGUAUUGGCGGGCUCCUUGGGCCUCCCCUGUCAGGGCUGCUGGAAGACAAGACUGGAAGCUACAGCACCUCCUUCGUUGUGGCAGGUGGCUUCAUGCUGACAGGAUCACUUGUCCUCCUCCUCCUUCCGGGUUUCUUUGUCUGUACCACAAUCCUGUCCAAACAGCCGACUGAAGACCCUGUCCAGCCUGGUGCAAGGCUCCCUGCUGUAGAAAACAACCAGAGCUGAGUCAGCAAGCAGGACAGGGCUGGGCAGAAGCUUGUGGAACUAACAAGAAAGCAACUGUUUCCAGCCUAAGACUAGAAGUCCGAAUUAGAAUCAAGUAUAUCUCAGACACAUAGAGCAUACAGUACAGGCCCUUUGGCCUGUGAUCUUGUGUCGAGCAUUUAACCUACCCCAAGAUCAAUCUAAUCCUUCCCUCCCAAAUAGCCCUCCAUUUUUCCAUCAUCCUUGUGCUCACCUCAGAAUCUCUUAAAUGUCCCUAAUGUAUUUGCCACUACCACCACCCCUGGCAGCCCAUUCUACGCCACUCUCUCUUACAUCCCCUCCCUAUACUCAUCUCUAAUCACCUUAAAACCAUGCCCUCUUGUAUUAGCCUUUCUGCCCUGGGAGUCCACUUUAUCUUAGACUCAUCAUCGUAGAUACCUCUACCAAGUCACAUCUCACCCUCCUUCGCUCCAAAGAGAAAAUCCCUGGGUCAUUCUGCCCAUCCUCAUCAGACAUGCUCUGUGAUCUGGGUAGCAUCCUGGUAAAUCUCCUCUGCAUCUUCUCUAAAGUCUCCACAUCUUUCCUAGAAUAAGGGAACCAGAACUGAACACAAUACUCCAGAUGUGAUCCAACCAGAGUUUUAUAGAAACUGUAAAUUACCUCACAGCUCUUGAACUCAGUCCCACAGUUGAUGAAGGAAGGCCAACACACCAUACGCCUUCUUAACACCCUAUCAACUUGCAUGGCAACUUUGAAGGAUCCACAGACAAGAGCAAUUUGCUCGUCCUAAUAAUCCUGCCAUUAACUCUGUACCCUGCCUUCGAGUGUGACCUUCCAAAGUGAAUCACCUCACAUUUCCCCAGAUCAAACUCUGUACAUCAUGAAAUGUAUUUUUUUUAUGGCAGUACAGUGCAAGACAUAAAGAUCACAAUAAGUUACAAAAAAAAAUUGAACAGGGCAAAAGAAGACUGAGGGGGUUCGUGGACCAUUCAGAAACCUGCUGGUGGACAGGAGGAAGCUGUUCCUGAACUGUUGAGUAUGGGUCUUGUACCUCCUCCCUGAUGGUAGUAAUGAGAAGAGGGCAUGACACACAAAAUGCUGGAGGAACUCGGCAGGCGAGGCAGCAUCUAUGGAAGUGAGUAAACGUUCAUUGUUUCCAGCCCAGACCCUUCAUGAUGGCUUCUGGGAGAGGGCAUGUCCUGAAUGGUGAGGAUGCCACCUUUUGAAGAUGUCCCCGUGAUGGAGCAACCCUCCUCAGCUCUUCCAGGCCCUGCACAUUGGAAAGAUGAUGUGACCAGUCAGGUUGCUCUCAAUACACACUGACCUCCCUGGGCUUUGCUUGCCCUCAAUCAGAGGAGCAGCAAGUUCGACGUUGUAAGAGUGCUGCUCCCCGGAAAGUGGAUGAUGGAACUUAAGGUUCAAGACCUGUCCUUAUAGUGAACUCAUGGUGGGGCUCAUGCAAGAGAGCCACUCAUCUGAACUGUCUCAUUCAAUGUGGCUAUUAGAGUUAAUUAAGUUAUUGUAGACACAAUAAAAUCAAGAGAGUCUUCAAAUUGUAUACCAUAUCAAAGUACUAUACAAGACUGUUAACCAGGAUGGUGGUGAAUAUCGGCAGCUCGGGUUGAGGCAUUUGACGUUGUGGUGUUUGUCGAGCUUGGCAAUUAGCUGGCCGACAUUUCAUCACCAGUUGAGGGGACAACCUAAGCGCAAUAUCGUUUGUGCUAACCUCAGUGUGCUCACGUUUAUAUAUUCAGUUGGCCUUUGAACUUUAUUGGCUUGCAUUUCUUUGGCCCUUACGGAGUUAUCAGAAGAGAAGCACUCUACUAAAAUUUCCUAUGACUGCUUCCUGCUUGCCUGCGCCAGAGCCUCCAUAGUGUCCCAGAAUUCAAAGAUCAGUGGAAGGGGUAGCCAAUCAGGACCAAGGCAAGUGAAUGGGGGCUUCUAUAGACACGAGCGUGUCACCUCGACUGGCGACGAAACGUCUGCACGCUAAUUGCCAGGCUCAGUGCAAAGUCAAACAGUUAACGAGGUUAACAGUUGCUAUCUGCACAGCAAGAUCUAAGCGGUAUCAACCUGCAUUUAUCAAUUAGGUCUUUAGAUUGAUUAAACUUACCCAGGUGCUCCACAAUACAGCACGUAGCACAGCAGCCAGCGUUGCACUUUCCAGCAUCAGCCGUCACUGAUCGGGGUUAAAUUCCCACCACCAUCAGUAAGGGGAGCAUGAGGGGAAACUUCUUCACUCAGAGGGUGGGGAGAGUGUGGAACGAGCGGCCAGCAUGGUGCAAGCAAGAUUGAUUUCAAUGUUUGUGUCAGAAUCAGAAUUAGGUUUAGUAUCAUAUGUCGUGAAAAUUGUUAACUUCGUGGCUGCAGGACUUUGCAAUACAUAAAAGAGAGAAAAAUCUGAAUUACAGUAAGUAUAUUAUUUAAUUUAACAUAUUCAGUAUAUAAGCAGUGCAAAAUUGGAAAAAAUAUAUAGGCUAUGGACCAGCUGUGGGUCAAUGGGAGUAGACAGUUUAAAUGGUUCAGAACAGACUAUAGUGCUGAAGACCCUGUUUCUCUGCUGUAUUUUUCCAUGACUAUGAGUUUAUACAUUCUCCCCGUGACUGUGUGGGUUUCCUCCAGGUGCUCAGUCCCUUCCCAUAUCCAAAUAUGUAUGAAUUAGGAGUUGUGGGCGUGCUAUGUUGGCACCAGAAACAUGAUAUCACUUGCGAUAUCUUCAGACACUUCGUCGUUGGCACAAAACAACUCAUUCCAAUGAAUGUUUAAUUACCGUGACAAAUAGAGCUAAUCUUUACCUUUAAAGGGCACUGUCAAACAAAUCACACAGUGAGACAUAUUGGACAAACUAGGAUGAGCUGGUUUGGCGCUGUGGUUCUACACUGAUCGCAGAUGCAGUGCGAGCUAUGAGGAGGCACUGAUCACAAAAUCUUCCACAGGUUGGGGUUUUUCUCUCUAAAGAAACUGGAGGCUAUGGAAGCCACCAUAGGAGACAACGCCAUUCGGCGCUACAAUUCAAGCACCAGGGGCAAGACAUGUUAAGUGCUGGGGUUAGGACUGAGCUUAAGUUACCACUCAAUGCACUUUAGUAAACUUUUUAAGAACUUUUUAAAAGCUAUUUAUUAAUGCUUUUUGGGAGGGUGAUUUUAGAUGCAUAUCAUAUUUAUACUGAGUUAAAUACUGUAUGUAAUUAGUUUUGCUAUAAUAAGUGUAUGGGACUGGAAAAAUGUUGAAUUUCCCCUUGGGGAUGAUUAAAGUAUCUAUCUAUCUA